CCGCUAUGGUCAAUCUGGUUCACUUCAUGCCGCGCAGGCUGAUUGGAAAUGGGGAACUCUUUUAGAACUGUUCCGACUCGCUGGACCACCUGCAAAGACUGGCUUUCGAGUCGCAUGUGAUGGUUAAUCGGCCCUUUAACCACCGGGAAAACCAGAAAUCUUUGGUGACAUGGAUGAAAAAACCCGAGUCAAAAUCGUCCUCUUAGGAUUCAAUGGACGUUUGUCAAAUGCUGCUAGGAAACGGGGGAGAUGACAACUCUAAAAUCUUUGAUGAUGAAAUCACUGCUGACUUCUGCAGUUUAUGAAUUUUCCUCUCUCAGAGAUCAAUUAUAAAUACAUGAAUGAAUAUGUCCCCAGGUUUCAUCCUGGCCUUCAAAUCAUUUCAUCUUGAUACGACCGAUUCAUCUUCCGACUUCUUGAAAAGGAUAAGAGUUGAUAGAUAUGGAGAGUAGUGAAUUGCACGAAGAGAUGAGCAACAAGCAGGUGAUUCUACGGAACUUCGUCGUGUCUGGCUCACCCAAGGAAUCAGACAUGUUCCUGAGGACAGGAACUGCGAAACUGAAGGUCCCAGAAGGCUCAGAAAAUGCUGUCCUGCUGAAGAAUCUGUACCUGUCCUGCGAUCCCACGAUGGGCAUCCGAAUGAGGAACAUGAAGGUCCCAGGUUCCGCGCUCCUCUUCGAGUCCGGUUCGCCAAUAAGGGGAUACGGAGUGGCGAGAGUUUUGGAUUCGGGAAACCCGAACUUCAAGAAAGGCGAUCUUGUCUGGGGACUGACAACAUGGGAGGAGUACAGUCUCAUCACUGCACCACAGAUACUGUUCAGAAUCGAACACGCUGAUGUUCCUCUUUCCUACUAUACUGGUCUACUCGGUAUGCCGGGACUGACCGCUUAUAUUGGAUUCUUUGAGAUAUGCACUCCGAAGAAAGGAGAGACUGUCUUCAUUUCAGCCGCUUCGGGAGCAGUCGGUCAGCUGGUCGGUCAGUUUGCAAAGUUGCUCGGUUGCUAUGUUGUUGGGACAGCCGGCAGCAAAGAGAAGGUCAACCUACUGAAGAGUAAGUUCGGGUUCGACGAGGCUUUCAACUAUAAGGAUGAACCCGACCUUGUCGCAGCCAUCAAGGGAUGCUUCCCGGAAGGGAUUGAUAUAUACUUCGACAACGUCGGGGGAAAGAUGCUCGAUGCCGUGCUGCUCAACAUGAAGAUCCGUGGCAGGAUAGCAGCGUGCGGGAUGAUCUCGCAGUACAAUCAUGAUCAGCCGGAUGGUGUCCACAACUUGAUGAACAUCGUCCUCAAAAGUCUACGCAUGGAGGGUUUCCUGACUUCUGAUCUCUUCCAUCUCUACCCAAAGUUUCUCGAGCUGCUCCUGCCUCAGAUAAGAGAAGGAAAGGUUAAUUACGUUGAAGAUAUCUCCUACGGGCUUGAGAGCGGCCCGAGAGCUUUAGUCGGGCUCUUCUCAGGCCAGAACGUCGGGAAAAAGGUUGUGGCAGUGGCUCACGAGUAGCCGUCAUGAUUCAUUUUCGAACUAGUUACACUAUUUAAUUAGUUAUAGUGAACUCGAUAUCAUCCA